AUGUGAUACAGCAUUGAAACAUGCUAAACUUUUGUCAUAUUCUUUUCUUCCUGCUGUCCACAGGAGUUCAAGCUCUUCCAACUUGCUCAUAUGAUGUCUGUGCAAAAGGAGGAAUGUGGACGGAAUGGUCAACUACAGAGCCAUGUCCAACGAAUUGUGGAUCUUGUGCAAAGAUUUUGUACACGAGGAAGUGCCUAUCCACCAAUUUUCCGAAUUGUGCUUGCGUAGGUGACACAACUCGUUACAUUCUAUGCAAUACAAAAACUUGCGUCUAUCCUGCUCAACGUACAUGUUGUAUUCCCUAUGUCCCAAUGAUUAUAAAUGGAACCUCCCAAUGUGGUCCAUUUCCGAAAGACACUGGAAGAUCAAGUGAAGCACCGUGUUGUCCCAAAGAUGGAUUCUGGUCAGAUUGGAGCGCAUACAAGCCUAAUUCAAAUAACACUGCAUUUGUAAGAUCUCGAAAAUGUUUAUCUGAAGCUAGUGGAUGUCCAUGUGCCAAUCCAACUACAACAAUGGAAACAAGAACAGAUUGUCCCUGCAGAAAAUUGGUUGAAGUAGGAGAACAAGUGAAGAGUAAAAACAGCUAUUACCCAAUGAUUGUGGUUUACGAUGAUCCGAGUUGCACAGCGUACCAAACUUUGAAAGCUUUCAAUGAUGCAGCUAAUGGAGAGGUUCCAUGUAAUAGCUGGAAAGGCUACGUAUACGCUACCGUAAUCCGGUACGUGAAACCAACAGGCGGAGCUCCUGUGGAACAACGAAUGUCGAACUGUGUGUCAGGAGGAAAUCAAAGAGCAACAUUCUUCUGUGAUACGGACACUCUCUAUUAUCGGGCUGAAAUAAGUAACGACGAAGUUGUCGGAUUCAGUCAGAUUAAUAUUAUUACUUGAAAUUCGUGAAUUAUAGUCUAAUAAAUACUAUUUAUUA